AUGCGACCAGACGGCCCAAGGGAUGACUUCGCCGGGCCCGAUACUGGGCCAGAGUCCCCGUUCCCCAUCCGGAUGUCGGGGCCAGUGAUCAAGGGCUUCGGAAGAGGCAGCAAGGAGGUGAGAAGACGCCCUGCACACUUAUGCUUCUGCCCGCUUGGUAUUCCUACUGCAAACAUCCCCGCUGAGACGCUGUCAGAGUAUCCCGACCUCCAGCUUGGUGUAUACUACGGCGUUGCGGCCCUGGACCCGGCACAGUUCAAAUAUACCCGUACUGAAAGUGAUGCCGCUGAUGAGCCAGUGCAUACUGGCACUGACAUCUUUCCCUGCGUACUGAGCAUCGGCUAUAACCCAUUCUACAAGAAUACUGUCCGCUCAGUGGAAAUUCACAUCCUACCUCAUCUAUCAAUGGAGUCGUCUCCGAUUGCUGCUGAUACAUCCGGGCAACGUCCGCUAUUUCAUCAUUUCCCUGAUUUUUAUGGAACGGCUCUUAACUUGCUUAUUCUUGGCUACAUCCGACCUGAGUAUGAUUACGUUAGCCGUGAAGCCUUGAUUGACGAUAUCCGGAUCGACUGUGAUGUGGCCAGACGUAGUUUGAAACGAAAGGCAUAUGCUGUCUUUCUGAACGACGUUGACGCAUCUGACGAAAAGGCCAACGAGGCAAGGCAAUGGCUUAGGAAGUUUUAG